GGUGUUGGGACCUUACGGGUAUAAAGAUUUGCGUUUUAUCGUCACAACACAAAGUGUGAGAAAAGAGAGAGAGGGAGGGAGAGAGAGAGAGAGAGAGAGAGAGAGUAUUUUCUCUGCGAAUUUUCUCUCCUUUUCUUGCUGUUUCCCGAGAAACGGAGGCUGGUUCUCCGGGGAGGGAAUGUCGAGGAUCUGAAUCGACUUGAAGGGAGUACAGAGACAGAGAGACAUCGUCUGGAGGGCGGGAUUCGAAGGAGGAGGAAGCGUCUCGGGGAGCGAGUUGGACUCAGUCCCGAGUUUCGUUUUCCUCCGAGAAUCGAUUGCAGGGACUCGGUAGUAUUUCACCAAGUCCGGGUGAGAUUUUUCACUCCCUGGAGACGAACGUGAGUUGCGACGGAGGUCGUCUCGCGGUGCAUUUCCGGAGCCCCUCGACCGGUUUCCUGGAGAGAUUUCGGAGCGAGCUCUCCGAUCUUCGGCGUGGGAGAGCUGUUCUCCCUUUGCGUAGAUCGGCUCUUCCGAAAUCCGAGAAUCGGAAUCGUUCAUGAGAGUCGGCUAUUUCGGCUCUGGAAUGUGGUGAUUUCGGUGAAUCCUGUGGCCAGGCCGCGAUUUCCAGUUACGAGGAAGCAUGCUUUUGGACAAUCGGACGUGCCUGUAAUCCGUAAAUCUAGCCUGAGAUUUGGUUCUCUCCGGUGUCACGGGUGAAAAAACCACCGGGUACUAUCAAAUCGGAGCGGAAGAAGUAUUGUGACCGAAUCGGAGCUAUCGGAUUCGAAUCGGAGGUCGGUCGGCGAAGCGACGGCUUCUCGUUUUCGACGUUGGACUUUCCCGGGAUAAAUACGAAAAGAAGAUGGAAAAAGACUUGCAGAGGGCCAACAAUAAUGGCAUCUCCACCAAUUCCAACGGCAGAGCCGCCGACGGAGGCUUGCUACUGAGAUCGACCUCGGAGACCACUAGGCAGACGACGACGGCGACGGCGGCAACGACGUCCGAUUUCGUGCUGCAGUGGGGGAGUCGGAAGCGGCCCAGGUGCAUGAAGGUGCAGGUCAAGGACGACGGGGCGGCUCACAAGGCGGCGGCGGGCGGUCGGGUGGAGCGGCGGGUCAUCAGGGUGGCCGAUAAAGACUCGGCCAAUCCGACGGCGAAUAAUCACGGAAACGGGACUGUGUACUUGAAUCUACGUCAACGUCCCUCGUCGCCUCCUUUUCCGCCACUUCAGCGCGUUCUCAGGAACUCGGAGAAUUCGAGUGCGAUGCGAGGGCACAGCAACGGCGGUCUCAGGGGUUUCUCUUCGCCGGACAGGGGUGCGCACGAUAAGAAAGGCACCAACCACCCCCACCCCCUCCACAGCAAUCACCAUCACCACCUGAUCAGCAACAGCCACCACCACCACCACCACAAUGAGAGCAAUAACAAAUCGGCCGCGUCGUCCGAGACCGCCCACGACAGCAAGAAGGGCGGGUCGUCGUCCGGGAGCGGGGACGCGGCGGUGGCGCCGCCCCCGGUCUGGCCGCCUAAGUUCGUGAUCGCCCUGACGAACAAGGAAAAGGAGGAGGACUUCAUCAUCUUCAAAGGGUCCAAGCUGCCUCAGAGACCCAAGAAGAGGGCCAAGAUGGUCCAGCGCACCGUCAAUUUGGUAAGCCCUGGGGCGUGGUUGUGUGACUUGACCCUAGAGCGGUAUGAGGUCCGGGAGAAGAAGAUAUCCAAGAAGAGACCGAGAGGAUUGAAGGCUAUGGGCAACAUGGACUCUGAUUCCGAAUGAAGAGUUUGGGGGGGUUUGAUAGCUUCAUCGGAGAUGAUGAGAUUUUGAGAGCUCUUUGUACUCUGUCC